AGACUGAAACCUUGAAAUUUAAAGAAACCGGAAACAAUAACAAUAACUAAAAAUGCAGACAAAUCAUUAAACAGCAUUUAAACCCUCAAAACGCUUUAUAAAUCGUUAGAAAGCAUUCACACCCCUACAGUAAACCACGAAGAAAGAAAGACACGUAAGAACCGAGCAAAAAUUGGACACAAACAAAGGAAAUAGACAAACAUUUAAACCAUUUUUACCUGGAUGAACCUUAUUUUAUGACGUAAGAAUGGCACCGUUGACUACAAAUUUUCUAAACCUGAAUAAUGCAAUAAAGUGAACUUAAUCCAAUUCUGCUGUUUUCAUUGUAAAUUUUCCCUCAUAUAAUCAAUUGCAAUCUCGACAUUUCUAAAAGUUUCCGUGUAACAGGUAUGUGUCACGUUACUUUCUACACAGGCCUGCUGUUUACAUGACAUUGCAAAAUUUAGUUUCAGAUGCCACGACUAUUAAGUCAUUUCCUGUAUAGAGUUCUUAGCAUUUGAGUGAUCCCCUCUCAUUAAUUACCCGACAAUCUUUAGUCGUAUCAUUUACAGGAGUUUAAGACUGAAGCACUACUUACAGUUAUUAGACAUUUUUACCAGUGCAGCCUUUGAACCCAAGUUUUCAUGACAGCUGGAAGUAUGCAAAUUUUUGCCGCGUGUUUUAUUUUAGCGCCUUUCCUAUCUUUUACGGUCCAUGCAUUUCUUCCAAGGAUUAACUCAGCAAAACAAAAAUCAGAAACAAAGGAUCACAUUUUGAUAACAAGAAAUGGGUUAAUUAAGACAGUUAUACACUUUUUCUUCGACAACUCCCAGUAUUUGAAGAACGAAUCCUUGACUGGUUUUCUUCAAGGUGUCCUAUCUGAGAUAGGAGAGGAACCGACUGCAGGUAAAGAUGCUAUGAACACCAUCUCUUCGCAAAUCAAGUUCAUCAAUGCCAUCAACGAGAUUCAGAGCGCUAACGUGGAAGUGGAUCCCUUAAACAGGAAGGCAGAGGAACAUUUUGAUGGCGAGCAGUUCCAAAAAGGCGCAAAGCGCCUCAUCCGAUUGCGCCAAGAGCUGAUAACUUCCCUUCUGAAGGGUGAUAAGCUAAAACAUGCUCGGAACUUGGCAGGUUCCGCGCUGCACACUUUACAAGAUUUCUACAGCCGCUCAAACUGGAUAGAGCUUGGCAAUUCGGUUCCAUUUGAUGUUUUGGGUCAACCCGGAAACGAGAUUUCGGAAAUAUUCGUUGCAGGACCGAAUGAAGCAACAUGCACGAGCUGUCUCUCAGACCAAGACAGAAAUGAUAAAUGUGGGACAAAUCUGAUCACAGGAAAACUUACGAGCGGAUAUCGGUCAGGACAAGACGUAAGGAAACCGGUAAACAAAGGAAAGUGUAGCCACGGUGGAGGGACAGACGACAGUCGUUUUCAGUCUGCGACGGGAGGAAUUAACAAAGAUUCAACGUCGAUAAAGGAAUCACCCCAUGCAAGAGAAGUUCCUAUAGACGUAGAAGAACGUAUCUGUAUGCAAUUUGGUCGAAAUGAAAGUGAAAGUGCACUACCAAGCUAACGAAACUUCCGGGUGCUUUGUCAGCGACUAUUUUGAGCACGACAGUUGGUAAACGAUAACAAAAGAUCAUUGCUAUAAUUAGGACCGGAAGAAGUCCGUUUCAGCAAGACGGGUAAUUGACAUAAUAUAAUAUCUUAAAAACGAGCCUUUGUUAUCAGCCGCUACUUGAAAGUACAAAUACUGAAAAAGGGUCAAAUUAGAGAAGACCUUAAGUUUAUCUUCGGCGAAGUGUGAAAUGAGCUUAUCUAAUGAAAAGCAUCGGUGGAAAACCGGCUGACGUCGAAAAGACAUCCUUUAAAGCUGAGAGGGGUGAAAGAGGGAAGAUGUUUAUAUAAAACCUGAUGUCUUCCAUCUCAGUUUCGCCAUGCCGUAUAAAAUCGAAGAAGGGGUCUUGUUUAACCAUACAGUUUAUCAACACUAUAUAACAAUGAUGAUACUAUAUAAUAAUCACCAGCCUUUGUUUAUAAGUAAUUACUUAACACAACAAACCCCACAUGGAUGUACCAGAAGUGUCAAAUUGGCAUAUAUUGUAAUUCUGUUUUUGGUGAUAUUUCUAAUGUGCUUUUGUAAACAAAGCAAAUGAAAAGAAACCACGAAAAGAUUUCAUGCGUCUUGCGAAGAGAGACGUGUUCGUGAUCUCAGAGCUCUUUCAUCUCAGUUUCAUCAUGGAACGUUGAACAUCGAGUCCAUAAACAGGAAGCGAAAAAUUCGAUUUGUUCACUCGAGGAAUUGAUCUUUCCUAAUCGUUCGCACAAAAAUACAGCUGGCUCAUUCGAGUACGAAUCGGUUCACAGAGCAGGAGAAGUUUAUACGCUUUUAUGAAUACAAUUAGAGUGCUGUGAAGCAAAACUAGUGCAAUGCUAAAAUUUAUAUUACGAAUAUACUACGAAAAUGCAAUGAUUCAGCCCAAAUAUCACUGGGGCCAAGAAACAAUAAAUUACACAAGGAAACGAACUCAAAA